AUGACUUCAACAUAUCCAACUUAUAUUUACAAAAUCAUCCCUUCUGAUGCGAAACCUACCUCACCACUCCCAGAAGUCCUUCCAGUCUCUGAUCUCGAUAAGAGAGAUGGGUUUGUUCACUGCUCUACCUCGAAACAAUUGCUACGAACUUUGAAUGCAUUUUUCUCAAAUGAGUCUCAUGUCUAUAUUCUCCGCAUCAAGUAUGAGCAAGUAGCUCCAUACAUCAAAUGGGAGAAUGCAGUGGGAAAGCAGCCCGAAGAAAUAGGCGGAUGUUGGGAUACAGAGGGACAAGCGGGGUUUUUUCCUCACAUCUAUAAUGGAUUGAAGGUUGGAAAAGAGGAAGUCGAUGAAGUAGGAGAGUGGAGAAGAGGAAAUGAGGCAUAUUGUAUUGGCUCACUAAUCAUUUCUAAUCCGAAAUAUAUCGUUCUUCAAAUAGAAGUUGAGAGUAACUGCCUGUUGCAAACCACGAGCAUGUCGGAGGACAUCAACAUUUCCAUUACCACUGACAAGGAUCUCAUCAUCGCUGGUGGAACUGUAGAUGAGCAAGCAGCGCUUGGAGAACUAAAUAAUGAUGUUCUCUCGGGAGUACCUCCGUUGAAUAAUGACGAGAUGCCGGAUACCCCGAAAUCAUCUUCCACAAAUAAUCCGCCAAAUAAAGAUUAUAAUUAUGUCGAUACCGAAAAAGUGAAACGUUAUACAUGUCCGUCUUGCAAAAAGACUUAUACAACCACUCACGAAUCGAUGUCACACAUUGCCCCUGUCGAUAUGGAACAAGAGGAGGUUCUUAAAUGCCCUCAUUGUGAAGUCCCUUCCGUCAGAGAGACUUUAGAAUUCACGGAGGAAAUAAUAGAAGCAAGGCCCAAAAGAAACUACACACCAAUUUCAAGGGAAGAGAAACGUUUUUUAUGUCCGCAUUGCAAAAGGGCAUUCAAUACCACUUUGGAAACGAUGUUGACCCUCAUCCCUGUGAUUACCGAGCAAGGAGAACUUCGUACAUGUUUGUAUUGCCAAAAGGCUUCGCUGAAAACCACUUUGGAAUCUAAUUACGAUACGAUGUUCCGCGAAUCUCCUCACAUGCCCAUCCAAGCCAAUGAAAACAGCUCCUCGAAUAUUAAUAUUCAGCCUUCGCGCCAACCAUCUUCUCCAGACCAGGCUUCAACUGGUACACCAUCAUCACAAAUUUUGGAAGAGAUUAUUCACACACCAGCUAUCCAAAGUAUCACCAAUCAAUACCCGGCUUUCCAGCCUAGUUCGGAUGAACAAUCAGCUUCUGAUUCGAACUCCCAUCAACAACCAACUUUUCAAUCCGAUCUCUAUCAACAACCUAUCUCACAACCUACUCUCCAUCAACAACAACUAGCUUUCCAAAUUACUCUCGAUCAAAUAUCAGCUAUUCAAGAUAUCACCAAUCAACACCCAGCAUUCCAAUUCCCCUUUGAUCAACAACCAGCUUUCCAACCUAGCUCGUAUGAACAACCAGCUUCUGACUCGAACUCCCAUCAACCACCAGCUUUCCAGUCUAAUCUGAAUCGACAAUCAGUUUCUCAAUCGAGUUUCAAACAGCAAUCAACUUUCUCACCCACCCGCCAUCAACAACCAGCUUUCCAAUCUAAUCCCUUUGGACAACCUAUCGUGCGGCCUACCCUCGAUCAACAACAACCAGCUGUUCACCCUAAUUCUAAUCAAGAAUCAACUUUUGGCCCUAACACUGAUCAACAACUGGCUUCUAACCCUUCUUCUCGAAUCGAUCCAUUUGAAUCGUUUAGAUGCAGAUACUGUGGCAUGGGGUUCUACUCUUUCAGGGGUCUGUCAUUACAUAGAGCCCGAGGCUGCGAAUCUCGAGUGUGGUAUUUCUGUCCGGAACGAAGUUGCGAUUUUCACCGAGACGAAAAGAAAGGGUUUUCGCAAUCAUCAAACUGGCGAAGACACCUGCGAGAACGACAUAAAUAUCCGCAUAAUUCUGGUGUUUCGCAAACUUAUAGAGGUGAAGUGAGAGAUCCAAAUGAACCUAGUGGAUGGCGUGCUCUUUGA